CAAGCCGAUCUUCGUGAACACGCGCUGCACCAGUCAAAAGUGACUAUAAAUAUCAAGCUCAGCCGCCGUCGUCCUUUUUCCUUCUUCGCCUCGCCGAUACCACGAGAGAGGGGAAAAGAAACCACUUCGUCGAGAUGUUGCAAAGCAAAUCCUUCGUCAAGAAGACCAAGCAAGGGCGAGUGGUCAAGGUCGUGAGGGAGCAUUACCUGAGGGACGAUAUCUACUGCGGCGCGCUGUCGUGCAAGGUCUGCAACACGUCCGCUGCGCGCCUGAGCUCGUCCGCUUGCACUAUUCUUAUUGUCGACACCAAUGUUGUACUGAAUCAGAUCGAUUUGCUCGAGAAUCCGGCAAUAGAAGAUGUGGUGGUGCUGUCGGUGGUGUUGGAAGAGGUCAGGAACAAGAACCUUGCUGUCUACAAUAGGGUUAAAGCGCUCUGCACCAAUUCCCUGAGGAAAUUUUUUGUAUUCUCCAAUGAGCACCACAGAGAUACAUAUGUUAAAGAGAUGGUUGGAGAAAGCCCAAAUGACCGAAAUGACAGAGGUAUGCAUAUCAAUUUUCAAAUUUGA